AUGGUUCUUGGAUCCAAAUUACGUUUUGAUGACAAUCCUCUAUUUGAUCAACCCACCGCCUAUAGAAGCCUCAUUGCUGCACUACAAUAUCUCACUAUGACUCGGCCUGAUCUCUCCUUUGCCAUGAAUAAACUGAGCCAAUUUCUUAAGGCCCCAAUCGUCAACCAUUGGCAUGCCUGCAAACAUGUCUUGCAUUAUAUCCAAGGCACUCUACACCAUGGUCUCACUUUUCGACAAGGUUCUACCCUCCAGCUCAAAGGUUAUGUCGAUGUUGACUGGGCCAGUAGCCUCUCUCAUCGCAAAUCCACAAGUAGUUAUUGUAUUUUCCUUGGCUCUAAUCUGGGUCAAUGGAGUUCCAAGAAACACCAGGUUGUUGCCUUAUCAUCUACCAAAGCUGAAUACCGUGCCUUGCCUCAAGCCUCCAUCGAGAUCAUAUGGCUUCAAAAUUUAUUUCAGGAACUUCACGUGUCUAUCCCAGGUAUUCCAGUUCUCUGGUGUGAUAACACCAGUGCUGGUGCCCUUGCUUUCGAUCCUAUUUUCCAUGCCCGCACAAAACACAUUGAAAUUGAUGUGCAUUUUGUUCAAGAAAUGGUUUAG